AGAAAGUUUACGCUUCCAAAAUUUCUAAGUUUAAAUUUGAAUUGUAUAAGGUUUGGAUAUAAUGAAAUGGUUCCCUCCAAAUCUACUAGAAACAGUUUAAGGCGGUCUUCUAUACUUAAGACCCCUAAAGCACGGCAACCUCUGCAGAACUUAAAUUUUAAUAGUUCAUCUAAUGAAAAUAGUCCUACUAUCACAUCAAAAAUUAAAAGACGUGUUAGUUUUGCAGAAAAAAAACAUGUUAAAGAAUUUUGUAAUUCAUUGGAGCAAGGCACUGUAUGGGAUAAUACAUAUGAAGAACAUGAUAUAAGUAAUCUUAAAAUACCAUGUUCUAAUCAAGAAGAAUGUGUGCCCGAAAAUGUAUAUAAAGAAAAUAUUUUUUGUAGUACCAAUGAAAAUGAUAUACAAUCUGUUUGCAAUACAAUAAUAAGAAAAAAUUAUAAUGUUGAAGAUUGUAACUUAUAUCAUAUGAAUGCAAUUGAAGAUCUAAAUUAUCAAGAUAAAAUUUUAAGUGAAUUAUCAGUUCCUUGUCAUGGUGGAACUGCUCAAGGAAAUGAAUCCACUUCUUUAACUGAUUUACAGUUGAAAGAUGAUAAUUAUAUAUCAAAGGAUAUUGUUGUGUAUGAAGACUUAGGUAGAAAAUUAGAUGAAAAAGUAUCAGAAGUAUUAAAACCAAAUAUAAAUAAUUUUGAUGAUAAUAAAUUAAAUACUACAUCUAUUCAGGAUACAUGUAUGGAUUUUACUGAAAUUGUUGGUAAUAUUGUAUGCUUUGAUGCAAAUUUUAUUCAAGGUAAUAAUGUGAAAGAAAUAUCUAAGAAUCCAUCAACACAAUUAAUACAAAAUGUUUUACUAUCAAAAAGUAAAGAAAGUUUUCAUCAGUUUGACAAAUCUAAUGUAGAAGAAACAAAUGUAACAAAUCAAGACGUGUUAAUGGAAUUAACUCUAGCCUUACCAUCUAUCAUUAAAUAUGAUGGUAAUAGUGAUAAUGCAGAAACAGGAAUGUGUUUUAUAGAUGAUAGAACUAAAGGAUUUGAUAAUAUUUCAAUGGAAAUGACUGCAACUAUACCAUCUUCCUUGUAUAAUUUACAGCCAAACAAUAAUAGUAUAAAUUAUUGUAUUCCAAAUUUAAUGUUAUCUGAUAAUGAUAAUAAAACAAUUGUUUUUCAUGAUAUGACAAUGAAUAUUACUAAAGCUGUAGAAACAACUGUUUAUAGAUCAUCAGACAAAUCAAUAGUGAUACAAAAAUCACAGCACAGUGAAUAUAAUAUUACAAAGCAGGAUGAAAAAACUGAAUUAAUAAAUACAUCCAUGGAAAUGACAAAAGCAAUUUCAAAUAAUAUGCAUUCUGCAAUUGAAAUUCAUGAAGAAAGUGCUAAUAAUUUUGACAUUAUAGAGAAUAGUGUUAAAAAAUUAAGACCUGAUUCAGAUGUAUGUGAAACAUCAACAAAUCAUAAUAGAACUAGAAUUUGUAAUGAUGAGACAAUGGAAUUUACUACAGCUGCAACAACUUUAUCUGCAGAACAUCAGAAUAAUUUUCAGAUGCCUAUACGAAGUACUUUUUACAUACAACCAAAUUCUUCUAAUUCAGUAUUUAACAAUGAUAGAAGUCAUUCAAAUAGAACUAUUAUUUUUCAUGAUAAUUCAAUGACAAUUACAAAUGUAUUAUCAUCACUUGAUACAAGGCAUAAUUGUACAAAAGUGAUUGCAGAUUGCGAAUCAAAUAUAAAUCAAAAUAAUGAAGCAAUAAGAACAACACAAUUUCAAGCUGGAAUAGAUACAGGAUCCAGUGAAGUUAGACAAUCAGUAUUGCUCGAUAAUAUUGAAAACAGAAAUGUUACAGAUUUUUCCAUUUAUUCAAAUAAUGCUACAAAAGACAUUUGUACUAAUGCUAGUGCAGCAAUUUCUUGUUCAUUAAAUUCAGAUACAAUUUUAAGUAAAGAAAAUUACAUAAUAAACAAUUCUUCAAAAGCUAUAGAAAAUAAUGCUAUGGAAAAGUCUACUCCAAUUAAAGUUCAAAGUUCUGCAAAUGUUAAACCUAGCAUGGCCUUGCAUGAAUCAGAGCAGCAAGAUGCUUUUGCUUCAGCUUUAAAAGAAAAUAACACAGAAAUAGCUUGUGCUACACUUAACUCUGUAUUAAAUGAUUCUUCCUCUUCUGCAAAUUUAGAAUUAAAUAAAGAUAAAAACGUAGUAGAUAAAUACACAGAAACAAUAAUAUCACAUCCAAGAAGAACAUAUACAAUUUGUUCAUUAAGUAACGAUCGUACUUUCACAGUCGAUAACAAAAAAAAUAAUAACAUUUCAGAAAUUAACAAUGAUAUUCUUUAUAAAUUAAAUGAUGAAGAACAUAAUGCACACAAUAUUUUCAACAAUACAGAAAAUUUACAAAACGAAGAAGAUUAUGAUAGACAACAUUUAAUGGAUAAAAGUGAUAUAUUUUCCAAUAAAAGUUUAGAAGAUUUAGAGUCAAUUAAACCACCAUCAUUUUGUUGUUCGGAUAAUUUCUCAGAUUUGUCUAUGAAUAUCAUUCACAAUCAGGAAAUUAAUACAGAAGCAAAUUAUCUUUUAAAAUAUGAAAAUCGUGAACAGGAGGGUACUCAAAAGAUCGAGAAUUGUAAGGCAAACGUGUUAGAAGAAAUAGUGCGUGAAUCUCGAACAUUUCUGAUCAAACGUGUCUGUUUAUAUAAUGCGCCAGAUAGUUUAAGAUUUGAACAAGAAAAUCAAACACAAAAUGGUAAAAUUCAGAAAUUAGAUUUGCUAAAUAAGAAAGAUACUGAUACAGAGAUUCAAGUUUUAGCAUGUUUAUCUUCAUCAGUAAGUGAUACUGACAAAUUUUCUAUGGUGUCUAAUGCAAAUCUUCAAAACUUGGACAAUUCCAAUUUAGAAAAUAAAAAUAUAAAAUAUUCUUCACCAAAUACAAGUGUUAUCGAUGAAAAUACCUCAAAAGUUGACGAUUAUAAUAAAUUACUUGACACAAAUAUGGUGGAAGCAAAUAACGAAUCUUAUUCAAAUGAAAAAUUGCGAUUAAGUUUGGAGCCUCGUACUUCUUACGUGGAAGAAAAUAUUACGACCGAAUUAGAUACUUUUUGUUUGUUAAUGGACGAGUUGAAAAUUCGUGCGAAAAGUAACGAGACCAUUUGGGAAGUAUACCAUGAAAAUAUUGAAAGAAACAUGUUUGUAAUUGGUUUUAUAUCGUGUUCAUUGUUAGUUAUAAUAUUUGUACAGAAUUCUAGUGAUGAAACAAAUGAUCGAUUUAUUAAAGAGAUCAAAAUAAUUUCUCGUUUAGCAGACGACGCGGAUGUAUUAAUAAGCAUAGUUCACAGGGUAAUUUUGGAGAAGUUAGAUAUAAAAAGAUUGCUGGAUUUGUACAAAGAUUAUAACGAUAUUUUGCUGAUGUUAGAUUAUAUUUCGAAGGAAGUAAAACUUGCUAUGGAUUUUAUGUUUGACUUGAAACGAUUAAGCGACUUAAAUUUGAUGGAAAUAACUCGUGAUCGCGUAUCUUUCAUAUCACAAACUAAAAUGAAAAAUAUUAUAUUGAAGAUUACAAUAGACAUUAAACCAUUUGACAGGAUUGAAUCUCAAAAUAUCUCCGUCCAUUGUCUGUUAGGUUUCGUAAGAGAGGAGGAAGUUAAAAAGUUGAUAACGAAUAUAAAAAGAGAUUAUAAGUUUUUGCGAAGAUACAUGAACGACGUAAAAGACUAUAUAUAUUUGAUGGAAAGCUCUAAUACUGUAAUUUAA